AGUUGCUCCGCUUUUUCCGUACAGUGUACACCUGUGCGGCGUGUGUGACGUUCAGUUCUCUGCAUCAAAUUUUCGCGAGAUAAAAGCGCCCGGAAAAACAAAUAACCGCAAAAAUGCCGCUGGAAAAUCUUGAGGAGGAAGGACUCGAGAAGAAUCCGAAACUCGAGUUAGCCCAGACGAAGUUCCUGCUGAGUCUUCCGGAGCACAAGAAUGACGCGGCUCUGAAGACUAAGCUCCUCGAUACCAUCAAAGCCGAAAAUAUGGCUCCAUUUUACGAAGAGGUAUGUCGGGAUCUUGAGUGGCCAGUUGAUGAGGCCCUUUUGGCCAAGAUGAAAGCCAAAAAUGAAGAGCAACUGAAAGAGCUGGAUGGCAUCAUCGAAGAUGCUGAGAAGAAUUUGGGAGAGAUGGAAGUUCGAGAAGCAAAUCUGAAAAAGUCAGAGCAUUUAUGUAGGAUUGGCGAUAAGGAUGGAGCACUGGCUGCCUUCAAAAAGACUUAUGACAAAACAGUGUCUCUUGGUCACAGACUGGACAUAGUUUUUCAUAACAUCAGAAUUGGUCUCUUCUACUUGGACCAUGAUCUCAUCACCAAAAACAUCGAAAAGGCUGAAGCAUUGAUAGAAGAGGGUGGUGACUGGGAUAGAAGAAAUAGACUGAAAGUCUAUCAGGGAACUUACUGCAUUGCAGUGAGAGAUUUCAAAGAGGCAGCCAACUUUUUCUUAGAUACCAUCAGCACAUUCACAAGUUAUGAACUCAUGGAUUACAAUACCUUUGUUAGGUACACAGUAUAUCUGAGUAUGAUCAGUUUGCCUAGAAACGAGUUGCGCGAUAAAAUUAUCAAAGGCUCUGAGAUUCUUGAAACACUGCACAGCAAUCCUGACUGCAAAGAGUAUUUGUUUUCUCUAUACAACUGCCACUACGCCGAUUUCUUUAAAAAUCUCGCACACGUCGAAGGUUUGCUGAGAAGAGACUUCCUCGUUUUCCCUCACUACCGUUACUACGUCAGGGAAAUGCGUAUUCUUGCUUACACUCAACUCCUUGAGUCCUACAGGUCGUUGACCCUCCAAUACAUGGCGGAAGCUUUUGGAGUAACCAUUGAGUACAUCGACCAGGAACUAUCGCGCUUCAUCGCCGCCGGUCGCCUUCACUGCAAAGUCGACCGAGUCGGCGGAGUAGUCGAGACCAACCGACCCGACAGCAAAAACUGGCAGUAUCAGGCUAUGGUCAAGCAUGGCGAUUUACUGCUCAACCGAGUACAAAAAUUGUCACGCGUCAUUAACAUCUAAGUCCAGGGAAUGCGAGACGUUUUACUGUGAAAUACAUAUGAAACGAGAAAUGUGUGAUUCGACGUCAGAGAACUGAAAGUCCUUUUGCAACCAAUGUGUGAGCCGCUUCCCUAAAGCAAGACUAAAGUAAUUUGAGGAAAGCUACGAACUCGCGAAGUAAAAAUGUUAAUAAUUAAAUAUGAUUUUGAUAGAAAAAAAAAAUAUAUAAAGAACUAACCAAA